CUUAUAACAAACGCGUAUCCUUUUUCCUAAAGCAAAUGAAAGUUAGCUCAAAAGAAGAUACCAAGAAACUUUUGUUGUAGUGCUGUGUAAUUAUUACUUAUUUCAAUGAAAGGUACCGCAAGGAAGUGCCCAAGAAACUCCUCAUCUUUCCUGGAAGUUGCCAAGAAUAGAGCCUUUUCUAAUUAAUUUAUUAUUUAUUCCAUUGAAACCGCAAGAAAUUGCCAAGAAACUCUCAUCAUCUUUCUUCAUCAAACAUGUAUCUAUUUUCUAAUGCAACUUUCAACUUCUGAAUUCUCAAUUUAAGGAGAGUACUCUUUCAGUAGUAAUCCGUCAUAGAUAAACAAUUACUUCUCUGAUGGCCGUUCAAGGUGCUUCUUCCUCUUCCCUUUCUUCUUUUACUCAUAGGUGGAAGUACGAUGUAUUCUUGAGCUUUAGAGGUGAGGAUACUCGUAACAAUUUUACUGCCCAUCUAUAUGCUGCUUUAGUUCAAAGAGGCAUAAACACAUACAGAGAUGACGACAAGCUUCAAAGAGGGGAAGAAAUCUCACAAGCACUUUCCGAAGCUAUCGAAAGCUCAAGGAUUUCAGUUGUAGUACUCUCAAAAAAGUAUGCAUCAUCGAGAUGGUGCUUGGAAGAGUUGGCGAUGAUCAUCGAUUGUAAAAAAACAAAGCAACAAAUAGUUCUACCAGUGUUUUACGAUGUAGAUCCAACAGAGGUACGACAUCAGAGUGGGAGUUUCGGAAAAGCAUGGGCUAAGCUUAAAGAUGAGACCGAGGAUGAGACGAAGUUACAGAGGUGGAAAUCAGCCCUUACAGAAGUGGCCAACUUGGCUGGGUUCCCUUUAGGAGGCAGGAACGAAUCUGAAUUUAUUCAAGAAGUUGUUCGAGAGGUUUUUAACGUAGUAAAGCCUAAAUCUUUAAAUCACAUUUCCAAUCAUCUAGUUGGAAUACAGUCUAGAGUACAGGACAUCCAUAAUAAGCUUUCAAGUGUAGAAGUGAAAGACACUACACGCAUACUAGGGAUCUUUGGAGUUGGUGGAGUCGGUAAAACAACUCUGGCUAAAGAGAUCUACAACUCAUUUCUUAACCAGUUUCAAUAUAGUUGUUUUCUUGCCGACGUGAGAACUUCAGAGCAAGGGAAGGGUUUAAUUCGUUUGCAAGAGACACUUCUUCGUGAGAUCCUAGGAGACUCGAGUUUGAAGGUUCAAAAUGAAGAUGAAGGAAUGGGUCUCAUAAAAAAAAUGCUUUGGAGUAAAAAGGUUCUUUUAAUUCUUGAUGAUGUGGAUCAAUUAUUCCAAGUUGAAAAUUUACUUGGAGAUCGUAAUAGGCUUGGUGAUUGGCUUGGUUUAGGAAGUUUAAUUAUUAUAACAACAAGAGAUGAAGGUUUAUUAACCAAUUAUAAUGUUCAUUUACCAUACAAGAUGAAGGAAUUGGAUCACAAUGAAGCUCGUCGGCUGUUUUGUUGGAAUGCCUUUCUUUUUGAACCUAGCCAAGGUUUUGCAGAACUCACAGAAAAUUUUUUGCGUUAUGCUGGGGGCCUUCCAUUGGCUUUAAAGGUGCUGGGGUCAUAUUUAUAUAAAAGAAAAGAAAUUAAAUUUUGGGAAGAUGCUCUAGAAAAGUACAAAAGAAUUCUUCCCAAUGAUAUUCAAGGCAAGCUUAGAAUAGGCUAUGAUGGUUUGGAAGAAAGUGAGAAGAAUAUUUUCUUGGACAUUGCAUGUUUCUUUGCAGGGGAACGUGAAAAACAUGUUACUGACAUACUUGAUGGUUGUGGUUUCUUUCCCCAUACUGGUAUCCCAAUACUAAGGGAGAAGUCUCUCAUAACCAUUGAGUAUGGCAGAAUAAACAUGCAUGAUUUACUCAAAGUUAUGGGCAAAGAAAUUGUUCGUAAACAGUCAGACAAAGAUCCUGGAAAACGCACUAGGUUGUGGUUCCAUGAAGAUGUUCAUUAUGUACUUGAACAAAAUAAGGGAACAAACAACAUUGAAGGCAUACUGAUAGACUUGCCUAAUGAGGAUUUGAUACACUUGAGUCCAGGAGCUUUCAAAAAGAUGCCGAAUCUCAGAAUGCUCAUAAUUCGUAAUGCACUCUUUUCAGAACUGCCUAGUUAUUUCUCCAACAAGUUGAGGGUGCUUGAUUUUAAAAACUAUCAGGGUACAUCUCUUCCAUCGAACUUUAAUGGAAAGAACCUGGUUUAUUUAAGAAUGACUAUGUGCAAGCUCGAAUCAUUGGGAAAUAAAUUCAAGAACUUUCAGAAUUUGAAAUGUCUGGAUUUGAAAAAGUGUGAUUUCCUAAAAAGAAUUUCCGGUAUUUCGGGGCUUCCAAAUUUAGAGAGAUUGACCAUUUCGCAGUGCAAUGGAUUAGUUGAAAUUUCCGGUAUUUCGGGGCUUCCAAAUUUAAAGGAAUUGGACAUUUUGAGUUGCGUAAGAUUAGUUGAGGUAGAUCAAUCUAUUGGAUACCAUAGUAACCUCAAAAGUUUUCCAAGUUCCCGCAACUUGAGAUCUCUGAAAUCGCUUAAUGUUGCUCACGUAAGCCUGGUGUCCUUUCCUGGAAUUGAGCUGGAACUGAGAUGUUCGACACUGAUUCAAUGGAUCCGGAGCUCCACUAGUAUAAAAGAACUGCCUCAUUCUAUUGUGAAUGUCACUGAACUUCAACAUUUUGAUCUAAGUAGUCUCCGUCUCAUUGGCAGCACAAAAGGAAUUUCGUAUUCAAAAUUAGAUUCCUUGACGUUUACCAACUGGUUCUCCAAAGUGAAAACAUUAUAUCUAAACCAGGAAACUUUCGUUAUCCUUCCUGGAUGGAUGGAUCGAUUUGUUGGAUUGAGGGAACUCAAAUUGAUUAAUUGCGAGAAACUCAAAAAAAUCGAAAAACUUCCCCCAAAUAUAGAAGUGGUAGAAGCUCAUUAUUGCAGCUCAUUGGAAAGUUUUCCAGAUAUAUCGAAGAGGUUUGAAUUCAAUACCAGCAACUUGAGUAAACUACAUUCGAUUGACUUGUCUGGAUCCUCUAAAAUGGUUGUAAAUGUUGGGAGUCAUGUGGCAGCUAUUCUAAGGCCCCAGGAAGAAGGGUUCGGCAAGUCAAGCGGCCUUCUAUUUCCAGGAAAUAAGAUUCCAAAUUGGUUCUCCAAUUGCAAGGAGACUUCAAAUAGUUGUUCAAGUGAUAUAUUUAUUGAAGUUGAACUGCUCAAUCCUAGUGAGAUUAAAGGAAUCCUUACAUGUGCUGUUUUAAACGAAGCUAUUUCUAGUUCAAUUAAGGUCAACUAUGAUGGUAGAUAUCUGGGUACUAUAUUCAAUAGAUUUUUUUUUUACGACUCAGACCAUGUAUGGUUGGCUUUCUACGAUCUAGAGCCUUUUAACCUAGCGAAGGGAAGUCUGCAAAUUCGUUUUGAAUGCAAUGAAGAAUAUGGAAUACUCUUCAAGCAUUGCGGAGUCCAUCUGGUACGCAAGGACGAGAAGAAUGCUAAGAGGAAGCGUGAUGAUGAUUGUAACUUCAAAUCCAAUUGGUAUCCGCAACAGAAGAGUUAUUAUUCGGACUAUUCAGACUCAAAGAAUGAUGAUGAUGAGGAGUGCUAUUCACACUCAGAGGAUGACGAUGACGAGGAGUACUAUUCAAUGGAUGACAAUUUAGAGGAGUACUAUUCAAUGGAUGACAAUUUAGAGGAUGGCGACAAGGAUUAAGAUUUAUACCAUUAAAAGCCUCCCACCGUGAUCCUCAGGAAUUCGCAGUCUCAGGCUUUGUGCCCUUUGUUAGAUGGAGUUACUUGGAAUUUUUGUCCUCUUUUAUUUUGAUUUUGAUUUUUAGGUUUGGAUUUUCAAUUGAUUUAUGCAUUUGAAAAAUGUUAUGUAAUAUAAUAAUUCGAAUUAUUUUUAUUUUUCUGUUUCAUCAAUGUUUUGAUUAUCAGAUUUCUUAACAAUAUUUAGUGAUCGUGGGACUGGAGUGUCCCAAGUUUUGUUUUCUUCCCUCUCCCCCUUUCUCUCUGCUUCUUCUUUCUCAAUCUUUAUUUUCUUUUUUAGUUUCUUUCCAGUUCUUUUUUUUUCCCUUCGUUGGCAGGUUUUCUCAAAGAUCCGAGGAGAAGUAGGUAUUUGCUUUCUGUUUUUCGAUUUCUUCGAAUUCCCACUCUUUUUUUUCUUUUUUUACGUCAUUUGUAGAUACACUGAUCCAACUUACGUUGAUUUUUUUUUUUUUUUUGGUGUAUUGAUUGAUGAACCCGAUCUCGUAUCGAUUGGGAUUUGAUUGGCCUCUACGAUCUCACUUUUAAUUAAGUUUUUGAGGAGGACUUCGGUUAAUCUGCAUAUAUUUGUGGGUAGUUUGCUCAUAGAAAUACAUAUAAAAAAAAAAAAAAAAAAAAGGUUUGCUCAUAGAAAUGGGUGAAGAUCAGAAAUUGAUUUAUGAAGUAUUAUGGUCUAUGUCAUGUAUAUCAUAUGAGAAUCCUUCCCUUAGAUAUGAGCUUGCAUUUGGCGUGAUUAGUGAGUGAAGGUGUUUCUUCGAUCCAAAAAUGAAAAAAUAAAUUAUAAAAUUUAAAUUGAAAUUCUUGUUUCCUUUUAGUUUUACCGGAGAUUUGCCCCCCCCCACCCCCCCUAUCUCCUAUUUUCCAAUCCAUGUUUGAAUUCCUGCUUCUUAUAUUUUAAUGCUUUUCUGGAUUCAAUUACAGGGUAUAUACGACUAUAGGAGAAUGGUAGAGGAGCUACUAAUACAUGUAAAGAACUUGGAAAUGCGCUCAAGAGAUCACCAAUUGACGCCUUGAUCUGGUCCUGUCUUUUGGAAGAGCGGUCUGGUGCAGCAUCAUACAACUAUGAUGCCGCGGGUGCUGCUUGCACACUCAAAUGGACCUUCCAUAACGAGCUUGGCCUUGUAUUUGUUGCUGUAUAUCAGCGGUUAUCCUCCAUCUGUUGUAUGUGCAAAUCUGCUCGCAAUGGUGAAGCCUGAGUUUUUGGAGAUGUAUGAUCUGAAACGGACAGCCUAUAGUGAUUUCGAUGAAACUUUUAGGCAACUGAAAAUGGAAGCUGAAGCUCGUGCUGAAGAUUUGAAGAGAUUUAAGCAGGUGGUGGGCAAGCCUCUAAAUAAUAGUAAGAAGCAAGGGCAGAUGCAAAAUGGCUAGAUUUGAAGGAGUAAGUAACAAAAAGAGUGAAAGUACUUCCCCCAAUGAUGUUGGGGAUGGUGAUCAUACGAAAGGCCACAACUUGGAGAAGGGGCACUCCAACAGUAACUAUGUUCAUAAUGAAGAUUCUAAGGUGAAUGAAUGGUGGUGCUAACAGUAUAGAAAAUGGGAGCUUCGAUGCUGGGGCUUUUGAUGUAAAUAAGCUUCAGAAGCUUAGAGCUAAAGGUGGGAAGAAAGCCGAAACCCUUGUUAGCAAGGGCUCUAAGGCAGAGCCAGCGAAAAAGAUAACAAGGAAGAAUAGAGUUUGGGACGAUUCACCUCCUCAGGCAAAAUUGGAUUUCACAGAUGAUGUGGGUGAGAAUGGGGACAAUAUAGAGGUUGUUGCAGUAGAUCAUGAUGAAAGGAUGAUGGACAAGGAAGAGAUUUUUAGCAGUGAAAGCGAGGCUAAAGAUGAUGAGGAAGUGGGGAAGGACAGCAAGCCUGAAACUAAGAAGAAGGGGUGGUUUUCAACAAUGCUCCAAAGCAUUGUGGGCAAAGCGAAUCUGGAGAAGUCAGACCUGGAACCAGCUUUGAAAGCUCUCUAGGAUAGGCUUAUGACGAAGAAUGUGAUAAUGAACCGUUGAUGAGGGCACUGUCAAAGCUUAUUUACCUUAACAAUCCUGUUCUCGUCUUGUUUGUUGGAAAUGAUGCCGUUGAUCAACUUUCAAAAUUCAAUCAGAAAUUAGUGGACCUUUCGACUUCAGCUAGUCCAAGACUGAGAUGGGAUCUUGCUCACAAAGUUAGAUCCUAUUGAUGAUAAGGUUGGAGCUGCACUAUCAAGCAUAUUACGAAUUUGCCAAAAAGAGGAUAGUGCUCCUGAUAUAAUAUUAGUAUACAAGUGUCUGUGUUUGAACAAAUGAACUCUUAACCUUCUGUUACAAUGGAAAUUGAUCAGCUUGAGCUUUGAAAAUGAUGAAGAGGUAAAUUAGGAAAUAGAGCAGGUUUUUAAAAGAAAGAAAGAAAGAAUUGCUCGUAUGUAGUUUGUCAUGCUGCAAGGCAUUGUUUUACCAAUCUGUAUCAGCAGUUGUAGUAACUAUCUUGGCACAGAAAAGUAGAUGAUUUCUGAUUACAAGCCGUAGUUCAAUCCAAAAUGUAUUCUGACACACUGAGCUAAGAAGAAAUUCCCUAGCAUACUUGCUUUAGUCAGAAACACAGUUUUGCAAA